AUUCUCUUCUCCAAACUCCAUGUGACUUGGUCUGAUGGGGGUGCUAAGUUACCACUGAUUUGGAGACCGAUCGUGCCCUGAAAUCAUGGGAUCGUUAAUUGGAAUACUCUUGGCUCGUCCAAUAGGCCUUUGCCACAUGUCCCUCUUGGAUUAUUCCCUCACAUUAACUAACCUACCAAGAAUCUUUAAGUGAUUUCUGCAAAAUUGGAGGACAAAUCCAAGACAAAAAGAAGAUUUAUCUCCAGCCAAAUAAUCAACAUGGUCCGUGGUGGUUCUGGCGAGUCAAAUCGAACCCAUCUCGCGCGACUUCGCUCGAUGAUUACUGAAAGAAAUACUACAUCGACUUAUAUAAGCAAGCAACUACGAAGCUGUCUUACUUCUGACUAGAUCUGAUGGCAGGUUUCUUUCGGAAAAUAUUAGCUAGGGUGCGAAAUGGAAUUGGAUUUGCAAAGCAGAGGACUCCGCUGGUUCAAUGCAAGAGACACUGUGGAGUAAGAAAGCACAGGAGACACCAGUGUACAAAACAGAGCAGAAGAAGAGCGAGUCUGAAUCGCCCGGGAGUACUGGAGAUGGCCGAAAAGAGUGCCCGCAGAGCCUCCUCUGAGAGUCUUAGUAGUGAAGAAAUAAAUGCGAAUCUGAACCGAUUGGAUGCUGAAAUUUCUGAAAGGAACCCUUCGAUGAGGAUUCUAAAGAAAACAUGGGCGGCUCUAGAACGCCUAGAAAAGGGCAAGGAAAACCUGAAAGAACAAAUUCGUACAAAGGCAUGGGAGGAAUACGUUGCUCGGAAGAGAGCAAUGAUUGAGGAGGAGAAAGAGGAGAUAAGGUUCUUCAACGAGGUGGUUAUUCCUCGUCUGGCCAACGUACUCCUUGACGAUCAGAUCGAGGAGGAGCCAGUUUUGCGCCCAGUUGAAGCUAUAGAGCCAAAUUAAUGGUGGUUUUACUUAUAUAUCGUGACGGCAUAGAGGUUAUAAAAUAAUGGGUGUUGUUGCAAUAAUACUCAAUCACUGAAUCUAAAGUUUUGUAUAAUUAAAGUAAUUUAUAUUUGUUUUGUGCACAAUGAAUAUUGAGAUGUUUUGUUAUGGGAAAGCAAAUUCCGUUUUGGAGUUUAAGUUUGGCCAGAAUUGUCACCUGCCAAUCUCUCUA